CGUACCGUGUUAAAUACCCAUGGUCAUGACAAUCUAUUAAAAUCUCUACUUUCAUAUUUUUUUCCUAACACAUGGCUUUGAUUUCAAUGAUUUCAAUGAUUUCCUGACUGAGAAGACUAAAAGGCUGACCCAAACACUCUUCCACUGGGUAAUUCUAGUUUUGUUAGAAACUUGAAAGAGAGCAGCCACUCCCAUUUAAGUCUUGUUCAAUUCUACUACGUACUCUUCUUUGAUCUUUGCUGGCGGAGGAUUAAUAAAUUGUUAUGAGAAUUUGCUUUUCCAUCUAACGUCUUCGUUAUCUAAUAGUCUGGUUUUCAACCUAUUGCCAUGGAUGCUCCCAACUCUAACAAAGAAAAGGUGGAAGCUCUCCAGGUGGAGUUGGAACAUUUGCAGAGGGAGAAUCAAGCUCUUAGAUUAAUGCUUGAAGCAAUGAGUAGCAAGUACAACAUGCUUCAUCAAGCUUAUCUCCGGGAAUCGCAAGCGGAACUAACAUGCCGUGGCUUAACGCAGAUAAUUAGUAUGUACGAUGAAUACUCAAACAAGAGACUAAGACCUGAAAUUUCAACUGUAUCCAAGGCAUCACAGGUUUUUGUGAAAACCGACCCUACGGACAAAAGCCUUAUAGUGAAAGAUGGAUUUCAAUGGAGGAAAUACGGCCAGAAAGUUACUAAAGAUAAUCCGUCGCCUCGAGCUUAUUUCAGGUGCUCUAUGGCUCCUGGAUGCCCUGUCAAAAAGAAGGUCCAGCGAUGCGUGGAGGAUAAAUCCUUUCUUCUGGCUACGUACGAAGGACAGCACAACCAUGAUGUUAAUUCCACACCAGGACAAUCUUUAUCUUUCACAGAUAGCUCUGGAAUACUCUCCACAACAAGCUUUGCUUAUCCAGUUCUGGAUAAUCCUUUUCGACCGACCAUCACUCUUGAUCUCUCUCUUUCAGGGUCCAACAGUAGAAACCCUUGGAAAGUUACGCAAGAUUACAGAACCAGCAACGACGAUGACAACAGCAAGAGAAUUGAAGACUAUGUUGCAUCCAUCACAAAGGAUCCUAACUUCACUGUAGCUUUAGCCGCUGCAGUUGCUCGCUCCAUCGCUGAACAGCCUAAGCCACCAACCCAAUAGCUGGGGUAAUUUAAAAGUGUGAAAAGAGGAAAAUUAUUUACAAAUAUCAAAGAAAGCAUGCUACCUACUCUUUAUAUGUUCCAGAAACUAUCAUCUAUAUAUCUAAAUAAUAUGUCUUUAAAUUGGUUUAAGUUUUUGCAAAAAUUCAAGUAGGUUUUGCUUAUGUCAAUGGAUUUUCGAGUAAUAUUUUUUUUUAUAAUAAAAAUUUGGAGCAGAUAGGUUACUCCAAUCUAGGAUGCACUUGGAGUUUCCUCACUUUAAUCGUAGAAGAUUUAAGAACCAUGGACAUUUGAACCCAAAUGAAUUACCCGAUUGACCCAACCCUUAGUGGCGAGGAAUGUUUAUUUGAUCGUCAAAGUCGACAGGGAAGAACAACAUUUCAAAUUGUGGUUCUCAUUUCUUGAAUGAAUACUGGUGAUUGAUUCAAACAAUUUUUGUAUUUUUGUAGCAUUUGGUAUUAUUUUAAGAUUAUUGUAGUGAUCUAAUUAUCAUAGUGAU